AUGCUCGUAGAUGCUUCACGUGGCAAAGUUGGGAGUUGGGACAACAGAAGUCUUCAGGAGUUGUCCCAACUGCAACGAGUUGUCUGUAAUCAUUGGGCUUUCCGUGAGAUCCAGGCAUUGCAGCGGGCAGAAAACGAGCUUCUUGCAGCUGCCAAAGCAUCAGGAGUUCGACUGAAGCCGCCAAAGUGGCUGCUCCCGCCAGGUCUGCAAGAUUUCGACUACAUCCACACCAUACGAGAGGGGUCAGCUUCGCAGCCUGCAGAUGCCGAAGGCUUGAGCCCUGGCGCUGGCUUGGAGCGAAAUCUGCUCAUCGUCCUGCACGGCUUCGGGGGCAACAAGGCAGCCUUCACGACCUUUGCGCGGAAGCUGCAGCUUCCGCAGACCGCCGUGCUGGUGCUGAAUGGCCCUCAGGCGCUGCCAGAUGAACUUCUUGAUCAUCCUCCGGGCUUCAGUUGGUUCGACAUGCUUGAUGAAGAGACCGGUGAUUUCAUCCAGCCAUCUCGAGAGGAGCCUCGGCGUGUGCGAUCUCUGGAGGCAAGUGUAGCUCUACUUUGGCAGAUGGUGCACGUGCUCAUCUCCUAUGGCAGUUGGACUCUCAAUGAGCUCUUGCUCUUUGGCUUUGGUCAAGGAGGCACGGUCGCUUUGGACAUGGUGCUCGGGUCACCUCAAGCACUGCCUGGACAGUCACUCGCUGCAGUCAUCGCUGUGGCCAGUGAAGUGAUGCCUGAAAGGCUGCUUGCCAAAAAGCCAGUUGCAGGACAGGACGCAGCCGUCUUGCUCAUCAACGGCGCCCGAGACAGGAGCAUCAGCGUCAAAGCUGCAGAGGCUUCAGCGCAAUACCUUCGCCAGGCCCGGGGCAAUGUCCAGCUGCGAGUCUUCAAGGACCGGGCUGGGGAGAUGCUUCGCGGGCAUCACGCCGAGGAGUCAAGAUGCUUCAUGGAGUUUCUUUCGGACAACCUGCACGGCGUGGGCCGGAAGGGCAGCGAAGAAGCCAUGAGGAAGUUAGGUGCGGAGCCUGUGGUGGGGCCAGUGCCAAACCCCUUGGUUCUAUCGCUGAAUGAGAUGGAUUGA